CUGGACAAGACAAAGGUUGGAUGUUACAGCAGAUGAAUAGUAACCUGCCUGCCGGCUUCAGUCUCUGCUCAUAAUGUGUUUGAGAUUAAGCUGGGUGGAGACUUCAGAGGAGGCCAAUAUCUUUUACUCACACUUCCCUGUGUGCACAGACAGAAGGUACAGAAGGAGCGAGACGAGCAGAACUCCUAGCAGCCACUUACUCAGCAGAAAAAGAAUGCUUUACACAGAGUUAUUGCGAUUGUGGGAUGAAUCAGUACAGGCUGUGGAUGCCAAGGACUGGCAAAGAGCUCUGGACAAACUCAAGGAGAUCAGUGAUCCCACCUCUCGCACGCUGUUUAAUACUGCCUCAGUUUACCUGGCUCUGGGGCAGCUGGAACUGGCCCUGAAGGCUUUAGACUUAACCAUUGCCAAGGAUGAACGCCUCGCUGUUGCCUUCUUCCAGAGAGGAUCAGUGAUGAUGGAGAUUGGCAGGUUGGAAGAGGCUCUAUCAGACUAUAUUUGGGCACAGAAACAUAUAAGAGAGAAUGUGGUCAUUGACUACAAACAACUGGGACUGAGAUUUAAACUCUACAGCUGGCAGGUGUUAUAUAAUGCAGCAGCUGUAUAUUGUCGAAUGGGCCAGUGGGAGCAGGCCAGGGAUGUCCUGCUGUCAGCCACCCAGGAGAGAGGACCUGGAAGAGGGAUAAACAUAGAGGAAGCUUUGGAAAGCAUUAGGAGAAAGCAGUCCCUGGUUCCUCUCCUGGUACCGGAGGGUGUGGUGUUUCGUCCCAGGAAACAGGACAUAGAGCAACUGCAGCAAAGAGACUUCUUAGGAAAGGCAAAGGUGAUUUCGUCCAUGAUACCCAAUGACGACUUUGGAGGUUUUGAACCUUUGAGGCAGCAGAAACCUGGCUUCUAUGAGCCUAAUGUGGAUGGAGCUCAGGAUUCACGAUACAUGCGUGUGCGUGUUCCUUACAUGGCCCAGGGACCAGGACAGCUGACAGUGCCUGGAGGCACUAUGGUGUUUUUAUUUGGAGAGGAGAACAGAAAUGAGAUGGCAACUGUUAUAUAUGAUGGACAGAGAGGACUCUUGCCAGCAUCCCUGCUCGAACCAGCAGAUGUCAAGACAUCCAAAGGCAAAAAGGAGAAUAGGGUUCCCAGUGGGAUCCCCCUCCCACCGGAACUCAAACCACCCACUCGUCCGCAGUUCCAGCACAGUCCUGCAGCCCGUCCUCAGGGACAUAUUGCCUCAGACACUCCACCUCCAUCCUACAUUACUGCCACCCACAUACCAAUGCAAGACUCUGAAUCUUCCAAAUAUACAGCCAACACAGCAAGAGACCAGCAUGCCGGCUCAGCUCAGGGAGCUGAGGCAGACUCUGUGGUAGUGAAAGUCCAUUACAUUUACACUGUGGCUCUGUCUGUCCCACCGGACACACCAUACAGUGAGCUGAAGGAACAAAUUGCAGAGAAACUAGGCCAGCCAGCAUCUCAGUUGCGCCUCAGACGUAAGCAACAUGGUUCUUGCAUUUUGACACCUCUGGAUGGGGAGGUGGAGCUGGGUCACACCGUGCAAGACAUGGCUGAGGCCAGCAGAGCCACCCUGUGGUGCCAGAAAGAAGACCCCCUGGCCAACCGUACUAUUCUUUACCAGAUGGUGGCACUGUAUGAUUAUACUGCUCAGGGCCCAGAGGACCUGGAGUUCAGUGAAGGUGACACCAUUGACAUCCUCGGUGAAGUUAAUCAGGAGUGGUUAGAGGGACAUUGUGCAGGAAAUAUCGGCAUUUUCCCCAGCUGCUUUGCCUAUAGGGAGAAAGACAAUAUUGCCCAGAGCGCCGAGGUUUAAAAGCAGAUGUGCAUCUAUGCAAUUACCUCAAAUACACCUAUUAGCUUGUCAGUGGUAUCUGUUUACAACCUUGGAACAAUCAAACACCUCCCCUAUAGGGCUAUUAAGUGCACCUGGUAUUGUAUUUUACCAUGUUUUAAAAGGUACUUUUUGUAAAAACCCUUACUUAAAAAAACAGUAUAAAACCAUUUUAAAAUAACAAAAUCUAUCACCAAAAUGUGAAUAGCUAUGUCCAAGAUGUUUAUGUAUUGUCUUGCAGAGAUAUCAACUGAAGUUGAAAUAGGGCCCUGCUAUACUCUUGCAUUAAAAAUAUCUGUAUAGAUUUCACAUUACUGUCAUAAACAGGCUGUUAUUUUGUUACCUAGAGAAGCAUAGACUCUGCAGUUUUAAAAAAAAUGAGAACAGAAACAUUAGAUUAGUUAGAUGUUGUUUAACAAGAUAGCAAGACAAAAUAAUUUCAAAUGCACAUAGAAGAAUGUGAUACUGUUUUGGUUGAAGAACUUCAGUAAAACCUUUUUGUAGAAUGCUGUUUUCAUUAAACUUUGCAGAGGUUGUUACAAAAACAUUUUUAC